ACUACAUAACUUGAUCUGUGGGUUUUCUCUUAUACUACUCUCCCAUGGCAGCUAUUUCUUUGAGAAAAACGAAGGCUUUGUGCUUUUUCCUAGCAAUUGCUUGUGGGUUUGUUUCGACCUCCGCAGAGCUUCGAACAUUCCAACAGCCCACCAAAAGAGAUGGUUCCCUCAGCUUUCUCGUGGUUGGAGACUGGGGUAGAAGAGGAGCCUUCAACCAAUCUCAAGUUGCUCUUCAGAUGGGACGUACUGGGGAGAAGCUCAACAUCGGUUUUGUAGUUUCCACUGGAGAUAAUUUCUACGACAAUGGAUUGAGGGACGAACAUGACACCGCAUUUGAGGAUUCAUUUACCAAGAUCUACACUGCUAAAAGCCUGCAAAAGCAGUGGUACAGCGUAUUGGGCAACCAUGAUUACAGAGGCGAUGCAGAAGCACAACUGAGCCCUGUUCUUCGGAAUAUUGACAGCAGAUGGCUUUGCUUGAGAUCCUUCAUCGUUGAUGCAGAAUUAGCAGAGAUAAUCUUCGUAGACACCUCUCCAUUCGUGGAGAAGUACUUCACCGAAACAGAUGGUCACAAUUACGAUUGGCGGGGUAUCACUCCACGGAAACCAUACAUCAAGAACCUACUCAACGACGUAGAAUCUGUAUUAAUGGAAUCAACUGCGAAAUGGAAGAUUGUUGUGGGUCAUCAUGCAAUUAGAAGUGUUGGACAUCAUGGCGAUACACAGGAACUUGUGAAUCUUCUCCUCCCAAUUCUCAAGGCUAAUAAUGUUGAUUUCUACAUGAAUGGUCAUGACCACUGCUUGGAGCAUAUCAGUGACACAGAGAGUCCGAUACAGUUCUUGACGAGUGGAGCAGGGUCCAAGGCAUGGAGAGGAGAUGUCAAAGAUGAAAACAGAAGAGGGCUCAACUUCUUCUACGACGGGCAGGGUUUUAUGUCUGUGCAAUUGACUCAAUCUGAGGCAGACAUUGUUUUCUAUGAUGUUUUUGGCAAGAUUUUGCACAGAUGGAAUGCACAGAAGCAGCUGCACUUGUCAUCAUAAAGCUCUAAAAUUGAAUAAUUCAGGCUUACAGAUUUUGAUUGUUCCAAGUUUCCGGAAUUUUGUUCCUUGAAUUCCCUUAAAACAAGAACAAGUGAAAAAUCCCAAUGUUAGGGUCUGCUCCCAUGGUUUAAAUUGGUGAACUAAUUUUACUCUAACAAAACUAUUAGUCAAUU